UGUGUGUGUGCUUGCGCGCAGAGCAGAGCAGAGCAGAGCAGAGAGGAGAGAUCAGAAGACAGGGAACUGCUCCUUAAAACCACAUUUAGAACCAAACCUUUUCCUUCUAUAACGUAUUUUUUGAUUAAACUACCGGGUGAACCGUACCCUGAACUGGCAUGAUCAACCAACGACUUCCCCCGUCGUCCGCCGCCGGGAUGCCGAACCCCGGAAAGGAACACCUGUACAAGGUGUUGGUGAUUGGGGACCUGGGUGUGGGGAAGACCUCGAUCAUUAAGCGGUAUGUCCAUCAGACUUAUUCCACCAACUACCGCGCCACCAUUGGCGUGGAUUUCGCCCUGAAGGUCCUGAACUGGGACUCUGAGACCGUCCGGCUACAGCUGUGGGACAUUGCGGGUCAGGAGCGGUUUGGGAACAUGACCCGUGUGUACUACAGAGAGGCGAUGGGGGCGUUCAUCGUGUUUGACGUGACACGGCCGUCUACCUUCGAAGCCAUCACCAAGUGGAAGGAGGACCUGGACUCUAAACUCAUGCUGACCAACAAAGAGAGCAUCGCCACAGUCCUAUUGGCUAAUAAAUGUGACCAGGGGCGGGAGGUUCUGACCAAUAACGGCUUGAAGAUGGACCAGUUCUGUAAAGACAAUGGCUUUGUCGGCUGGUUCGAGACCUCAGCCAAGGAGAACACUAACAUCAACGAGGCAGCCAACUUCCUGGUGAAACACAUCAUGGCUACAGAGAAUGACAUCCUAAAGUCAGUGAUCCCAGACACCAUCUCUCCAAAACUAGACGACUCACAACCUGGGACCUGCUCUGCCUGCUACAAACCAUAGCUAGACGACUCACAACCUGGGACCUGCUCUGCCUGCUACAAACCAUAGAGGGAGGAGAGGAGGAGAGGACUGGGGAGGAGGCGAGGGGAGGAGGCGAGGGGAGGAGAGAACUAACCAUAGAGAAG